AGCCCCAAAAUUUUCUCCUUUUCUCCCCAAAAAGAAGAUGAACUUUCCGUGUUCUUUCUUUCUCUUCACCCUUCUCCUUUUCUUUGACCUUUCUUCUGUAUCUUUAUCUUCUUCUUCACCAAUCUCCCAGCUCUUUGAUGCUUGGUGCGAGCAGCAUGGCAAGUCAUACUCAUCGGAAGAGGAGAGGUUGUAUAGACUCAGAGUCUUCGAAGACAACCAUGCCUUCGUUACUCAGCACAACGCCAUGCCCAAUUCUUCUUAUACUCUGGCUCUCAAUGCCUUCGCUGAUCUCACCCACCACGAGUUCAAGGCCUCUCGCUUAGGUCUCGCUGCUGCUGCUUCGGCAAUCGAUUUCAAUCGGCCAAAUAUUCAGAAGUUAGGCUCCGUCGGUGAUAUUCCUGCUUCCGUGGAUUGGAGGAAGGAGGGUGCAGUGACCAAUGUCAAAGAUCAAGCCAGCUGUGGUGCUUGUUGGGCAUUCUCAGCUACAGGAGCUAUAGAAGGUAUAAAUAAAAUUGUCGCCGGCUCACUUGUGAGCCUUUCAGAACAAGAGUUGAUUGAUUGUGACAAAUCUUACAACAGUGGCUGCGGUGGUGGUCUCAUGGACUAUGCAUUUCAGUUUAUCAUUGAUAACCAUGGAAUUGACACUGAAGCAGAUUACCCAUAUCAAGGCCGCGAAAAGUCCUGCAACAAGGACAGGCUGAAAAGACGCGUUGUGACAAUUGAUCGUUAUAAAGAUGUGCCGCCAAAUGAUGAACAACAACUUCUAAAAGCAGUAGCAACUCAACCUGUAAGCGUUGGCAUAUGUGGCAGUGAGAGAGCAUUUCAGCUCUACUCCAAGGGGAUAUUUACCGGUCCAUGUUCUACUAGUUUGGAUCAUGCUGUAUUAAUUGUGGGGUAUGGUUCAGAAAAUGGAAAAGACUACUGGAUUGUGAAGAACUCAUGGGGAACAAGGUGGGGAAUGAAUGGUUACAUUUACAUGCUGAGAAACAAUGGCAAUUCUCAAGGGCUCUGUGGUAUAAACAUGCUAGCUUCAUAUCCAAUCAAGAGCAGUCCGAAUCCACCUCCCUCACCUCCUCCAGGACCAACUAGGUGUGAUCUUUUCACCUACUGUAUAGAAGGGGAAACCUGCUGUUGCACAUAUCGAAUUCUUGGAAUAUGCCUUUCAUGGAAAUGCUGUGAGUUGGACUCUGCUGUGUGUUGUAAGGAUAACCUUCAUUGUUGUCCUCAUGAUUAUCCAGUCUGUGAUACUCAGAGUAACCAAUGCCUGAAGCAUGCUGGAAACACAACAGGAAUGAACUAUCUUAGGAAGAGAGGCUCUUCGGGGAAGUUAAGCAGUUGGAGGUCCAUUGUUGAGGCAUUGUUUUGAUAGAAUCUUUAUCCCAUUUGUUAGUGAGAUUUUUUGAAUACUCAUGUCGAACUUCUGAACUUGCAUUUUUUUAGCACAAAGGAAAAGGACUACACUUUUUAUCUUGAAUGAGAUCAAAUAAUGAAAGAUUGCCGUGCUAUCCAAUAGUUUUCUGAUUCAUCUCAUUUCCUCUAUGGAUUAUGGCAAAAAAACAAAAGAAUCUCAUUUAG